UCUGGCGCUGGCGCUCAACAGAAAAAGAAGAAGAAGUCCUCCAACGCAUCUAGCAGCGUCGUAGUCUCGACGGUCAAGCGAGUUGCGCCGCCCCCAUCAUCCAGGCCACUAGCUACUACGCAGCCUUCUCGCCCAAAAGGCGCUGGCGCCACCAAUGCUCUCCCACCACAAGUGCGCGCUCGCAUAGAGGCGGCUCGAGAAGCUGAACGACAGAAGCACAACGACGCACAAGCUCAAGCCAAGGCUGCCUCUCGAGCAUCGAGUAACGCUAGCAGCUCGCGAUCCUCUUCAGCCAAGGCCUCAACCAAGAAGAAGGCAGCCCUCGACGACUUCAUCGACUCGGAUGAGGAGGACAUUGGCUCGUCGAAUGGCAGCUCCUCGUCAAAGGCUACUCGAAAGACGUCUUCCAAAGCAGCUACACCGAACUCGCGCAGAGGCACGCCUUCAUCGUCGUCGACACAGACCGCAUACACGUACCUGGGCAGGUCAGGUGUGGUCCAGCCUUACCUCGUUCCGCGCCCCCCCCUGCGCCAUCUGGAGGACCAGGCCGCUCCACCCUCGCCCCUCACCAUCAUCUCCUCCGCCUCCCUCGUCACUUCGUCCAUGACUAAACGACCUCGCGGUUGGGGCCCUUUCUUCAAGGAUCUCCCAUACGACACCGCCGAUGGCCCUCCACGCUGCACUUUGCAGUAUCCCGGCUCCAAUGCAAGCGAAGAGUUCAUCCUAAUGGUGCCUCGCGACUCAGACGAGUACGACCCCAUCUCUGACCUCUUGAGAUCAGUCUACGUCACCGUCAAGUACUAUCUGGAUGGCACGCAGCGCGCAAUGUUUGGCGAGCUCGACGAGCUUGAGAUGAGCAGCGCUGCGGGACACAUUUGGGCGGGGCCCAUCGCCGCACCAGGACAGACAGGAUUGGCUGUACCGCCGAUGUCUCCCUCGUCUGGCCCUUCGACACCCAUCAGCUCGUCGCCACCUCGAGCAUCGCAGGAUGGCGCACCUGCCUCGUCAUCCAAUGACGUGGGCGCAAUCUCCAUUCUGCGCUCCCUCACCAAGUCGCGCAAUCGUCGCUCGGGUACCCUAUUCCUCGCCACAGUCCAGCGCUAUAACGAGCUGCUCCUCACCCUUCGCUCUAGCGGCGCCCUCCGCACCAAAAUCCACUCCCACAUCACCGCACAGGGCAUACCGGAGGACAUCUACCUUCGCAUCCAAGACCAAGCCUACGCUCGCACGGUAGCGCCGCGCGUGGAUGAGCUGGCUGGGUAUCGCUCCUUCUCAGACAAUGUGUACGGAGAGCUGACGCCCAAGUUUAUGAGCGAAAUCUCCCAGCUGUGCGGGCUUGCACCGGGCAAGAAGGUGUUGGACCUGGGCUGUGGAGUGGGUAAUCUGGUGGUGCAGGCUGCCAUGCAGUGCGGGUGUAGCAGUCUCGGGAUAGAGGCUAUGCCUGUUCCUGCUCAGCUGGGUGUAGAGCAGUUGCACGAGGCGAGACGAAGAUGGGAGGGCUGCUGGGAGUUGGGCGACUUUGUGCCAGGGAACAACCAAAUGACGACGCCCGCACAGGAAGCUACAACGGACGCAACCUCCUCGCCUCCCAUGGCUCGCGUCUGGCAAGGUGACUUCCUCGAAGACCUCACCCUUCGCUCCCACCUCUCCUCCGCGGACCUCCUCAUCGUCAACAACUACGCCUUCACCCCUCCCCUCAAUCAGUCGCUCAGCCUUCUCUUCCUAGACCUCAAAGACGGGGCGCAAAUCGUCUCUCUCAAGCCCUUCGUCCCGGCCGACUUCAGAUUGAACGAACGCACGCUGGGUAGUAGUAGUGCGAUUCUGCGCGUGGAAGAGCGCGAUUAUGGGCGCGGCAUGGUCAGUUGGACUGAGAGGGGAGGCAAGUACUACAUCGCCACAGUCGACAGGACGGCGCUGCGCUCCUUCCUCGAAGGGGGCGGAGGAGCA